AUGUCUCUAACACCACCACUACAAUCCGACAAAUUCGAACCAAAAAUAUUAAACUGUCUCUGGCACCAAUGCUUCAAGGUGUUUGACGAUCCCAAAAUAUUAUAUCAUCAUUUAGCGAAUGACCAUGUGGGCAGAAAGUCGACGGGAAACUUGUGUCUCGAAUGUCGUUGGGAUAAGUGUGAAGUUGUUACGGCUAAAAGAGAUCAUAUUACUAGUCAUUUGAGAGUGCAUGUCCCGUUGAAACUGCAUAUUUGUGAGACAUGUAAAAAAUCGUUUAAACGACCUCAAGAUCUAAAGAAACACAUAAAGAUCCACACCGAAGAACAUCAGCGUCAAAUUUCAAUGCAGAAAAGUGAACGCAUGAAAAGACAACUUCAAGCUUUCACGCCACCACCAUAUUAUCGAUCAGAGCGCUCUUUGUCUGUUGACUCUACUGCUUUCUCACCAUAUCCUGUCCCAUUGUCGCCGACUGUUGUGUCAAAUG